AUGGAAAACUUACCAGAUGCUCAGUCGAAUGAGGCCUCCUUAAAUGAAACCGGUGGCGCCUCAAGAAGUCAUAGUUUCUCUUCUCAGAAGUCGAACGAUUCACAUACAGCAGCUGAAUUCAUCAGCACGCAACUGAAGCUCGAAGCGGAAGCGCGCGAAGCAUUACCAUAUAGUAUUGAUACCUGCACAAAGCCUCUCGGAUCUCUUCGACAAAUUCUAUUUGCUUGUUUGACAUGCAAUCCUGCUCCAUCUAACGCAUCUGAUCCGUAUAAUCCUGCUGGGGUCUGUUAUUCCUGUUCUAUACAAUGUCAUGGCGAGCACAAUCUCGUGGAACUAUUCAAUAAACGAAACUUUACUUGCGAUUGCGGCACAACACGUUUCCCAAAAUCUUCGCCUUGUAGCUUGCGCAUCAACUCAGAGACAAAUACAAAGGGCAAUGUACAUUCAGAGGCUCCAGAACUGAAAAACAAAUACAAUCACAAUUUCAGAAAUCGAUUUUGUGGUUGCGGAUGCGACUAUGAUGCUUAUAAAGAGAAGGGCACAAUGUUUCAAUGCUUGGGUUUAAGUGGUGCUGAUGAAGGUGGCUGUGGCGAGGAUUGGUGGCAUCCUGGAUGCAUUACAGGUUUAGGACCAAAUUGGUACGAGAGUAUGAGUGAUGAAGACUCGCCAAAGAAAUCCAAAAGAAAUAAUGAAGGCACGCUGGAAUCUACCACAGAAGUUACAGAAUCAAUUGCAAUCGAACCAAUCAAAGAUGGAACGAACGAGAAAUCAAGUGAAGUCCAGGCACCGAAAUCCGAUGCAGCGGUCGACCAAGAAGAAGACGAAGAAGAGGAGGAAGAAGACCCACCCCUACCUCCAGGAUUUCCCGACGAAGACGAUUUUGAAGGGUUUAUCUGCUACAAGUGUGUUGAUGCGAAUCCAUGGAUCAAAAAAUAUGCUGGUGCACCGGGUUUCCUCUCUCCUGUAUUCAAAAGAAGUGCAGCUCCUUCUCCUGAAAGUGAGAUCCCUCCAAAGUCUACAAAUUUCCUUGCGCCAUCGAUCUCAGAAUCUAGGAAGCGCAAGUCAGACGAUGACAAUAUUUCGAUUUCUUCUUCAGCUUCGAAGCGGAUCAAGAGCGAGGAGGGGGAGAGGUCAGUGGACAAAGGUUUUAACGGCAACGAUGAUAGCAAACCUCCAGCAUGCAAAUUGAAGGCAUUACCAAAAGCAAUCGAUGGUCAAAUUUCAUUAUUUUUCACAUCCGACUUUCGUGAUCACCUCUGUCAUUGUUCAGACUGCUUCCCAGCACUAGCAAAAUAUCCACAGCUCCUCGAAGAGGAAGAAACUUAUGAGCCUCCAGUAUCAGAAGACGGAGAUGAAGGAGGAAGCACAGUCGGUAGCGGGAGCAUAUAUGAUCGUGGCGAAAGUGCUCUCAAAAAUGUUGAUCGUGUUCGAGCGAUUGAGGGUGUAAUGGCAUACAAUCAUUUGAAGGAUAAACUCAAACCUUUCUUCCAAAAAUUCGCAGAAAGUGGUCAAGCUAUCAGUGCAGAUGAUAUCAAAGAACAUUUUGCAAAGAUAAGGGGUGAUGAGCAGGCUAUCAAAGAUGCCGGUGAAGGAGCUAAGGCGGAUGACAAUAGGAAGGAGCAAAGUGGCUAUUGA